GUGUCAAACGUGAUCGCUCGCAAUGAUUGCGCGAUAGCCUACGGUUUUGAUUAUGCCCUUCUGUUCUCUUGAGCCUUCCACUCACAGCCUCUGAAUAGAUCCAAAGCUUUGUCCCGCGUGUCUAUCAUCCGGGGAGCCGCUUGUAUAUGAUACAGGUAUUGUUCUUCGUAAGCCUUUCGUUGCUCCCGAUUGGUCAUCAUCGUCUUUCACAAUUGAUAUCAGGACGCACCGCUACUGUGUUGCCUGCCACUUGUUAUCUAUUUCAUCUACUUAUCUCCCGUCGUCUCUCUCUUUCCCCCUCUCUCUUCUUCGUCAAAGUACUCUUUCGUUCUAACCCAAGCCUCUGUUUACUUUGCCGGUUCUUGAUAUCAUGGCCCCCGACAUCAACUCAAUGCCUCAUUCAUCACACCCUCCUGCUGCCAGCAAUGGCCAUGCCAAUGGCAACGGCCCUGCCCCGCCGUCAGGAAACUCUAAGCAGCCCAACAUCUUGUUCAUCAUGGCCGAUCAGCUCGCUGCUCCUCUUCUCAAAAUGUACAACCCAGACUCGCAGAUCAAAACUCCCAACCUGGAUGCCCUCGCAGCCAAGUCUGUUCAGUUUGACUCUGCGUACUGCCCAUCUCCCCUAUGCGCCCCUUCGCGCAUGAGUUUGAUUACUGGGCUUCUGCCCAUGCAGAUCGGCGCAUACGAUAACGCUUCCCAGAUCUCAAGUGACUGGCCGACCUACGCUCAUUAUUUGCGUCACAAGAACUACCACACUGUUCUGGCGGGGAAGAUGCACUUUGUGGGAGAUCAACUUCAUGGUUACGAGACUCGUCUCACCAGCGACAUUUAUCCUGGAGACUUCGGCUGGGCUGUGGACUGGGAUAAUGCAGAGAGACGGUUGGAAUGGUAUCACAACGCCAGCUCUAUCUUGCAGGCCGGUACUUGUGUGAGGAGCAACCAGCUCGAUUACGAUGAGGAGGUUAUGUACAAGUCCACACAAUUCUUGUACGAUCAAGUCCGCGAGGGUCCCGACUCUCGACCAUUCUGUUUAACGGUUUCCCUCACACAUCCUCAUGAUCCCUACACUAUUGAGGAGAAGUACUGGGAUCUUUAUGAAGAUGUCGAUAUUGCGUUGCCCAAGGUGCAGAUUCCGCAGGAGGAGCAGGAUGCGCACAGCAAGAGGCUCCUGAAGGUCUGCGAUCUGUGGGAUGAGAACAUUUCCCCAGAGCAGAUCAAGCGCGCUCGGCGAGCUUACUAUGGUGCUGUCAGCUAUGUCGAUGACUGUAUUGGUCGUCUCUUGAACACUCUCAAGCAAUGCCGUCUUGAUGAUAACACCAUUAUUGUAUUCAGUGGUGACCACGGUGACAUGCUGGGAGAGCGAGGUUUAUGGUACAAAAUGAGCUACUUCGAGAGCUCAGUUCGCGUACCACUGUUGCUCUCUUACCCUCAACAAUUCGAGCCACACCGCGUAAAGGAGAAUGUUUCCACUUUGGACAUUCUGCCCACGUUAUGUGAUCUGGUUGGCACAAAGCCCGCCCCGGAGUUGCCGAUGGAUGGCCUCUCGCUUCUUCCUCACUUGCAAAGUCGGGGGGGUCAUGACACUGUCAUUUCUGAGUAUACUGGCGAAGGCACCAUCGCGCCUCUGAUGAUGAUUCGCCGGGGACCAUGGAAGUACAUUACCUGCCCUACCGAUGCUCCUCAGCUAUUCAACCUUGAACGGGAUCCUCUGGAGCUCGUUAACCUGGCCCAGCUGGUUGACAAGUCCGACAACCUGACCCCCGAGGAGGAAGAGGCGAAGCUCAAAUUCGCCAAGUUCGAGCACGAGGCCAAAGCUCGGUGGGACUUCGACGCUAUCACCAAGGAUGUGUUGCUGUCUCAGAGAAAGCGCCGAGUUGUGUGGAGUGCGUUGACCAAGGGACGGUUCGACAGCUGGGACUACAAUCCGGCCGCACAUGAAGAAGGACACAAGAAGUACAUCCGUUCCUUCGUUCCCUUGGACGACCUCGAACGCCGGGCACGUUAUCCGCCCGUCGACAAGUAUGGCCGCGAGACAGGUGGCAUUAUGUGUGACCAAGCCGGCUCCCACGGCGAGUAACCAGCGCGUCUUGUCGGUUCGGCACGGCAUGAGUGAUCAUCAACGAUACCUUCACAUUGAUUUGGGAAUGAUUUUAUCGGCCGGGCAUAGGGGCUUGGAGUCUUACAACAUUUCAUGUCGGGCAUAUAGCGACGGCGGUUUGCUUUGAUGGUUUUACUUUACUGUUUUGCUUCUGUUGAUGAAAAUGCAAUAGAUACCUUUCCCUAUGCUUAGCUUGGUUCUCCAUCAUCUGGCGCACGUUCUUGCUUACAUCGAUCGAUCGGUCGAAUCUAUCGAUCUUGGAUAUAGUGAAAUCACACGUUCAUAAUUCGGUCGUAAUCAUGGGACACAUAUUGACAACUGAACGAGUGUAGUCUUUUUUGCUGAAAUAUGACUUGUGGAUGACCC